AUGGAAGAAUCAGAACAAGCUCUCAUCAACAAAUUACAAGAAAUUAAAGAAUUAUUUCCAAAAGUCCCAUCUAAGAGUAUUAACGAAAUAAUUAACUUAUGCUUUUCUUUCAAAAAUCCAUCACGUGUAAUCUUUAGAAUUGAAGAAUAUACCCGAGGUGUUUGGCCUUCAUACAGAACAGUUGUAGUUCAUAUUAUAGAUUCGUUAUGUGAUAUUACCCUUUCAAAAAAUCCUGUUCUGACUGAUUUUUUUAGAUUCAAUUUUUCGUUUAGACUAAUAGAAAUAUUAACACUAGUUGCCUUUUGUAGUGAUGAACAAAAAAAGUCUGUCCUUUUAAUCAUCUCUAAAUGGAAAACCAAUCACACAUUUGAUAUUAGUUUAUGUGAAGAACUUGAGUCUUUCUUUUAUUCUACAAUGCAUCCUUUACAACAAAAAGAAAAUAAAUCAGCUCUGGAUGAAGAAAAUGAUAAUAUACCACAGGUUCAAUUAAACUAUUCAACAAAGACACUAUUUGAACAUAAACAACUGUCUGAACAACAAAAACAAAUCAAAAUAAGACAUGGUAGAAGUCGUUCAAGGAGUUGUUCCUAUCAUAGUCAAGACUCUUGUAACUUUCAAAGGUCUUACUCAAAUAGUCCAAAGAGAAUGUCUUCACCAAGACGAAUUUAUCAUACUCAAAGUAGGGACUCUUCAAGAAGGUUUUCUUCUCAAUACUCCCCAUCACACUCACCACAACAAAUUGGAAGAGACUCAACACCCUUUUGUUCAAGAAAUAAAAGAAAGUAUUCACCAUCAAGAAGUACGUCAAGACACUCUAAUAGAAAUAGAAGUCAAUACAGUUUUUCCAGAAGAAACAAUUAUUUAAAUAGCCCAAAGAAUUAUCUUACAAUACCUUCUAAUGAUAUAACUCUAAACUCAUCAACUAGUAAAAGAAACAAAGUUGUAGGAAAUGACAGAAAUAAUAAAUUUAAUCCAAAAGAAGAUCAAGAGGUUCAUCGUUUUGAGAGAAUGACUGAUAAAGAACAAGCCGAACUCAUUUUAAAAAAAAGAAAAAAAUUAUCUCUGACAGUUGUUUCAUCUACACCCACCAACGGGGAUUCGAUAAGACUAAAACCACAUAACCAACCAUUAAACAGCCAAGCCACAAUACAAAAAAUUAACACAUAUAGUAAUAGCCUAAUUAAUAAUACUACCCAACUUAAAUUAAAUCAAACAUUAAACGAAACAAUAAAACUAAUCAAAACCAAUGUGAUAGUCUUUUGUGAUAUUCCACUUACUUGGCAGACCCAAGGAGAUGUAUUAAAUUAUAUUGAACAUGCUAAAGUAAAUUCAAUAGAAAUUAUCUUAGAACAUAGGUGUUGUACUAUUUCAUUUAUUAGUCAUGAAGAUGCUGUAAAAUGGAAGAUUAGAGGUGGAAAUCAAUAUAUGAGAACACUCUGGGGAAAAGAAGUUUGGAUGAAGACAAGUGUUUUAAGAGAUGAUGGCACAGUAGAAGUACCUUUGUCAAUGAUACCAAAAAAUGUAACAACAAUGGAAGAUGGAACGUAUAAAAGUAAUUGA